AUGGCGGCAACGACCCUAGUUGCGGUUGGUGGCAAAGGCACUAAUCCGAAAACUACUUUGUAUGUUGGAGGCCUGGAGGAAACUGUGAACGAGGCAACUCUUCAUGCAGCUUUUUUGCCCUUCGGGGAGAUUAAGGAAGUGAACAUACCUCUUGAUCAUGCAACGGGGACACAUAGAGGCUUUGGAUUCGUGGAGUACGAGGAAAAGGAAGACGCAGCUGCUGCGAUUGACAACAUGCACAACGCGGAACUCUUUGGGAGAGUGCUAAAAGUCAAUUACGCACAACCAAUGAAGAUCAAAGGUGGUGACAAGGGGUGGAGCCACUUACCUGUUUGGGCAGACACGGACCGCUAUAUUGAAGAGCUGGACGCGGAGGUAAGUGUGUAUAUGUGUAUGGUACGGCACAGGCAUGCACGACUUGAUUCGACGCAGAGGUUGCCUGGGACUGCAGACACUCCUAGACCCCUCCAAAAGCAAAGACUGUAUGGCUGCUCGGACCUGAAUGUUCUAACAAUUGCUAGGGUCUCCUUGCUUUUUCCAGCGCCUAUACAAGGCAUGUAA